AUGGCGUGUCCUUUCAUAGAUGAGGUGGUGGAUGAGGGAGCUAUAGUCUUGCGGAGGGCAUUUCAAAGAGAACGUACUUUCAGAGACAGGUCAGACCCGUUGGCUUUUUCUGACUACUACCUGCAUGAGCAGUAUAGAUUCUCGAGGGAAGGGAUAGCAUAUAUUUGUAGAUUACUGAGCCCACACGUCGCAAAUAGCACACAGCGCAAUAAAGCUCACAGUCCCACAGACUGCAUUGCACUUCGCUUUUUUGCCAGCGGAACAUUUUUGUACACAGUUGGAGAUGCAGAGAAUAUCAGCAAAGCAUCGGUUUGCCGCUCUGUACGAAUUGUGUACCAGUCUUUCAAAAAAAUACUUAAUGUGUUCAUCACCUUCCCUGGCCACAGAGCGAUUCACAGUAUUAAACAGGCCUUUUAUGGAAUCGCUGCUUUCCCAAAUGUUAUCGGAGCUCUGGACUGCACCCACGUGCGCAUAAAGCGCCCGUCUGGUCCGCAUGAAGCAGACUUCAUUAAUAGGACAUCAUUACACAGCAUCAAUGUACAGAUGAUUUGUGAUGCAGAUUGCAUCAUCACAAAUGUAGAGGCAAAAUGGCCUGGCUCAGUGCAUGAUUCCAGAAUCUUUCGGGUCUCUUCUCUUUCCCACCAACUGGCACAAGGUCAAUUCUCAGGAGUCUUGCUGGAGACAAGGGAUAUGCAUGCCUGCCUUAUCUCUUGA